CGCUUGACGUUGAACCGCAGCCCCUUUCGUUUCCAUCUUUGCAGAUCUCCAUUUUCUUCGGUCCACUAUUCAGGAAAAGAGGAGAAAACACCUGGGAAAAUGAAUGAAGAAUACGACGUUAUCGUGCUGGGUACCGGACUGACGGAAUGCAUCCUGUCAGGAAUCAUGUCGGUGAAGGGGAAGAAGGUCCUGCACAUGGACCGGAACUCCUACUACGGGGCAGAGAGUGCCUCCAUCACUCCCCUGGAGGAUCUGUAUAAACGCUUCAGUCUCCCAGGCGCCCCACCGGAGUCCAUGGGAAAAGGCCGGGACUGGAAUGUGGACCUCAUCCCGAAGUUCCUCAUGGCCAACGGUCAGUUGGUCCGCAUGCUGCUGAUCACACAGGUGACGCGCUACCUGGACUUCAAGGUGAUCGAAGGCAGCUUCGUCUACAAAAAGGGCAGCAUCUACAAAGUGCCCUCCACCGAGACCGAGGCCCUGGCAUCCAGUCUGAUGGGGCUGUUUGAGAAACGGCGUUUCAGGAAGUUCCUGGUUUUCGUGGCUAACUUUGAUGAAAACGACCCCAAGACCAUGGAGGGCGUGGACCCCAACAAGACGACGAUGAGGGACGUGUUCAAGAAGUUUGACCUGGGCCAGGAUGUCAUCGACUUCACAGGACACUCCCUCGCCCUCUACCGGACAGACGAGUACCUGGACCUGCCUUGCAUGGACUCGCUAAACAGGAUCAAGCUGUACAGUGAGUCUCUGGCCAGAUAUGGCAAGAGUCCGUACCUCUACCCCCUCUACGGCCUGGGGGAGCUGCCCCAAGGGUUCGCCAGAUUAAGUGCUAUCUACGGAGGAACCUACAUGCUGAACAAGCCCAUUGAGGAGAUUGUCAUGGAGGAUGGAAAAGUAGUGGGAGUCAAGUCUGAGGGAGAGAUCGCCCGCUGUAAGCAGCUGAUCUGCGAUCCCAGCUAUCUAAUGGACCGCAGCACCAAGGUCGGUCAGGUGAUCCGGGUCAUCUGCAUCAUGAGCCACCCCAUCAAGAACACCAGCGACGCAAACUCCUGUCAGAUCAUCAUCCCCCAGAACCAGGUCAACAGGAAGCACGAUAUCUACGUGUGCAUGAUCUCCUAUACUCAUAAUGUGGCAGCACAGGGGAAGUAUGUGGCCAUCAUCAGCACCACAGUGGAGACGGACAACCCUGAGAUGGAGGUCAAACCAGCCAUGGACCUGCUGGAGCCUGUCGAGCAGAAGUUUGUGAGCAUCAGUGACCAGUACGCACCAACUGACAUGGGUGCUGAAAGCCAGAUCUUCAUGUCCCGUACCUACGACGCUACCACCCACUUCGAGACCACCUGCGACGACAUCAAGGACAUCUACAAGCGGAUGACGGGAACCGAAUUUGACUUUGCCGAGAUGGAGCGCAAGAAGAACGACAUCUUCGGCGACGCAGCUGACCAGUAGAGAAACGAGCGAGUCUGCAACACUCGUGAAUAUCAGAUAUUUGCCACCGACAACUGAAAUCUUUAAAAAAAAAAUAAGGAAAACUAUCCAAAAAUAUA